AACACGUAUGUAUCUGGACAAAAAAAGAGGCUCACCUCUUUCCGUCUCACCAUCAGCCACGUCAUGAUGGCUCUCACCAUGCGGGAAAUAUGUAGACGUGUCGCCAAGGUGGCCUCUACUCAUGCAUCAGCCAGGCGGUGAGGGUUUCGACUGGACUGACUAACCGGGCUGCCCGAAGUCCAUGAUGUCAAGACAUCAAUCUACAAGCCCUAAAUGGAACAUGAACUGAUCCACUAUCGAAGAUGUACCUGCUGCUGAUGAGAGGUGCAUGUGUGCUGCUGCUCGAGCGAAUAUGGUACGCCUACUGAUGGCAUUCUCCCAGUGUAAGCUUCCGCCUUCAGCAAUUUCCAGGUGAUUGUUGAAUAUGUCGCCCUACAUUGAGAGUCCGCCAGGAACGAAACAACGAGUUUCCAUACCCGAGGCUCCCAUCACUGAACAGUACAAGGCCCAUACGCCUCCCGCGGACUCCAAGCUUGUGAACUCGGGGGUCGUUCAGACUACCUUUGCGCCGACUUCAGAUGCGCCUUGCGGAACUGAGAAGGAUGGGUGGGCAGAGAAACACCAACAUCAGACGGUGCUCGAACAACAUUGUUCCUUCUUUGACCCCGAUGGCGACGGCGUCAUCUGGCCUAGCGACACCUACCGCGUCUGCCGCUCCUUUGACUGGAAGGUCAUCACAUCUCUCUUUUUCACUGCCUUCCUCCACAGUGUGCAGUCCUACAAUACCACGCCGGGCUUAUUGCCGGAUCCAUUUUUCAGAUUGUACGUGAAAAGAGCAUACAUGAAUAAACACGGUAGUGGAACCGGGACAUUCGACUCGGAAGGACGGUUCAGACCACAGCCAUUCGAGGAUUUCUUCGAGAAGUUUGAUAGUGACGGCAAAGGGGGAUUGACGAAAUGGGAAUUGUGGCAUGGGCUCAGGAGGUCCAGGAUGGCCUUCGAUUUCUUUGGUCAAGUGUCGGCAAUGUUUGAAUGGGGCUUUGCUUGGGUCCUUAUCUGGCCGGAAGAUGGGAUUUUGAGAAAAGAAGAUGUAAGGAGGUUGCUGGAUGGAAGCCUGUACCACGAAAAAGUCGUGGCUAAAGGCAGCACUCGCAAGUGCCCCGGCAAGUCUGCCAAACCGUCCAACGCACCUUCUCAGAAAGCGGCCCUGUCAAAAUGGCAAUGACUCACAAGCAACGACUCAACUCAGACUAACAGGCGUGAAUGAAGAUCUUACGACAAAGUCUUAUGUGCUUCUGCAACGUGCUUUGCCUGCAAUCUUGGCCACCUGCACACCACCCGUGCCUUGCUG